GUUGGUUGGUUCCUCUGUUUCUUUUCUAUUUUGCAUUGGAAUUUCCUACAUAAUUUCUCAGAUGUUUCUUUGAUUCUCUCUUUUACCUACUCUUAAGAGUUUUCUUUUCUUUUCUUUGCAAUGAGAUUGUAUCCUCUGCUUCUUCACGAAGAUCAUGGCAAAGGAGAAAUCAGACUACUCUGAGAAGUUCGAGGGUAAUGGGGAAAACAAACCCGCUAGGAACAAGUCUUCCACUGAUUCGUUAAUAAGUCUUGGCUUUGAUGGAUCAUCAUCAUCUGUCUCUUUUUUCUCUCAGCGGAGUAGCAUUCUUGCUGAAAAAGAACGAAUGCACCAAGAAUUCAUUGAACAGGCUAUUGCCUUUACCCAAGGCAUGGUUGUUCAACCAUACACUUCUCCUAGAGGUCAUAACCAAGGGAACGAGUUUGCACCACGGUCCCAUGUCAGUACCCAAAACCAACAGAAUUCAUACAAGAACCAAAAUGUUAGCUAUCAUCCUCAUCAAAGUCACGGAGGCAGAGGCAGACAGAAUGAAGAACAUGUGAAGCAGAAAUGGAAUCCUCAAGGACACUUUAAUGGGCAAGGCGGAUUCCCACCUCCACCAAGAGAAGGCACACCAGCAUUUGUAAGGCCACCACCAUCAAUCUAUGCUCAGCAUAUUCCAGUUCAACAGCUUUUUUAUCCUAUACCGUUUACUGACUUGCCACCACCGAUGAUGUAUUAUUCACAUCGUGUUCCCUUCAUCGAGCCUCAUGCUGCUUUGUUUCCAUCUCAAAAUCCUGACGGCAUGCCGUCCAUCGAGCCUUCUCCUUUCUUGGUCCCAUCUCAAAAAGCUCCCCUGAAAACCAAGAUACUGAAUCAAGUUCAAUAUUAUUUUAGCGAGGAUAAUUUACCAAACGAUGUAUACCUUCGCAAGCGCAUGAAUGAUGAGGGCUUUGUUCAUAUAGAGUUUAUCGCUGGUUUCAAUAAGCUUAAAGCACUAACAAGUAAUGUCCAGCUUAUAUUGGAUUCUCUACGAGAUUCAUAUAUCGUUGAAGUGCAGACUAACGUGCCUACGGGUAGCCGUGUCAGAGCGCCACCCACGCGUGAGUUAUUUCCCGUCAACCGUUCGGUUUUCCAGUGA